AUGGCAGCCUCAAAAGUCGCAGUCGUUACCGGGGCUGCAGGAGGAAUCGGCAGCAACAUGUCGAAAGUCUUGAUUAGCAAAGGUUAUCAUGUCGUCCUCGCAGACAUAGACGCUGAAGCGGGCGCGAAAACGCAAGCUACCUUGGGCUCCAGCUCGCUUUUCGUGCAUUGUGAUCUUGCGGAUUGGUCAUCGCAAGCUGCAAUGUUCAAGAAGGCGUUUGAAUGGCAUGGUCGUAUCGACGUGUGCGUCGCCAAUGCUGGGAUUGACGAAAAGGAGAGGUUUUACAAUCCGCCAGACGUUGAUCAACAACCCCAAAAGCCGAAUAUGAAGGUCAUCGAUGUCGACCUCCUGGCCGUCAUCUACGGUUUGAGGCUUUUCAGAUACUACUGGCGAAAGAGCGGCGUGGCUGGGUUGGGGAAAAUGAUCAUCACCAGCAGCAUGGCCGGAAUUUACGCAUUCCCUGCGGCGCCAGUGUAUUCAGCUGCUAAACACGGGAUUGUUGGGCUUGUGAGAGCGUCCUCGUUUAAACUGUUGAGGAGCGAGUCCAUCACCAUCAAUACAAUCUGUCCGGGCCCUGUUGAUACUGGAAUCAGCGAGCAGAUGAAGAAGGUCGUACCUGCGGAGAAUUUCACCCCCAUGAGCGUCGUGUUGGACGCAUUCGAGAAGUUUGUCGAAGAAGACGUUACUGGGCAAGUCGCAGAAGCUUCUAACAAGAGGUUCUAUUUGCGCCAACCGGUGGAGUAUUCGGACGGCAAUUCGGAGUUCUUGAUAGAAGACAUGAAGCGAUUCUUGUCAUAA